AUGACUAGAAAGAAGGUGAAGCUUGCGUACAUCACUAAUGAUUCUGCAAGAAAAUCAACAUUUAAGAAAAGGAAGAGGGGCCUGUUGAAAAAGGUGAGUGAGCUUAGCACUCUAUGUGGGAUUGAAGCUUGUGCUAUUAUUUAUAGCCCUUAUGAUUCUGAGCCCCAAGUUUGGCCUUCUCCUUUGGGCGUACAACGUGUGCUUGCGCGGUUCAAGGAGAUGCCUGAAUUGGAGCAGAGCAAGAAGAUGGUGAACCAAGAGAGUUUCCUGCGGCAAAGGAUUGCCAAAGCCAACGAGCAGCUCAAGAAACAGCGAAAGGACAACCGGGAGAAGGAGAUGACACAAGUCAUGUUCCACAGCCUCAUGAGUACUGCGACUGGAAAAGGGCUGCAGAAUUUGAGCAUCAUGGAUUUGAAUGAUCUCGGGUGGUUGAUCGACCAAAACUUGAAGGAAAUUUACAUCAGGGUUGACAAACUCAACAAAGAGCCUCUAAACCCACCACCACCACCACCACCAACUGAUGAUCAUGGAUUAAUGCCGAGGACUAGUAGUAGUGUAGACAAUCAUGUGCAACCUGAUCAUCAUCAGAUGAAUAUGGAAACCAUGCACAGGCAGCGUUGGUUCAUGGAUUUGAUGAACCCACAAGAGCACAUGGGAUUUGUUGGGGAUGAGAUGAUGCUGCCUUUUGCAGAUUACAACCACAAUGCUCUUUGGUCCACUGCCUUCUUUCCUUGA